CGACACUGAAACUGCCCUUGCGACACACUGACGGUGACAGCGGCCUGUCCCGGGGUUAUGCAAUCAAUGCCACAUCACAGGUUUUAAUUGGACUAUGCCAGUGACUCCUGGGUGAGAUGCCACUUCUGCCCGACUCCUCUCAGGACGCGGCUGGGAUCCCAUCCUCGGUGAGUAUUCAGAACUUUGCUCGGAGGCCGAGCCACAACUCUAAACAAACAGGUUUCUAGCAAGCCGUUUGGUGGGAAGAACUGGAGUUCUCCCCAAGAUAAGAAAGCAAGUAAGGCAACUUGAGGGCAUCCAAGAAGCAUCAAGAUGUCCACUUUGAAGGAACGCAAACCCAAGAAACCUCAUUACAUUCCUAGACCCCCGGGAAAGCCAUUCAAGUACAAGUGCUUCCAAUGUCCAUUCACCUGUAACGAGAAAUCUCACCUCUUCAACCACAUGAAGUACGGGCUUUGCAAAAACUCCAUCACCCUAGUCACGGAGCAAGACCGAGCGGUCAAGAGCCCAAAGUCAAACGUUACAGAGCCAAAGCUAGCGUCCCCUGAGGGGUUUGCGAAGCCCACACCUGUUGUGGCCAAUGGACAGUUUGACUCUAAAGCUCAUCACGACAUCAGCAGACAUGAUCUCAAAGACCAUGGGGACUUUAAAAACAAGGAGGGCACUGCUCAUGUGGAAAAGCCAAUCAACCACAAAGAUGUGACUGUGCCCUCGCCAACCAGGCAAAGCCCUAUUUCAAAGCCUAUCGCUGUUGAAGGGGUUUUGAGGCCCUCAGCCUUUAUGCCAGUGGGAGAACAUCGAUACCUGAACGGUACAGAGAGAAGCCACCUACCGGAAAUCAUGCCACCAGUAGGUGCAGUCAAAGGAGUCCAUAGUGAGGGGUCUGCUUUCCAAAGGUUACCAACUGCAUGGAAAACUGGAGAUAUGGUGCCACCUGAGCUUGGUCCAAAGCCAAACUUUCCACAUUACAUCCGUCCAAUGAUACCGGAAUAUAAAUAUUACGAGACCGGGGUGCCGGCUGUCCUCCCGUGUUUGUACGAUACCUCAAUGCUAUCAAUGUAUGGCUCUCCAGACCACAGACUCUUCCGUCCUCACCCCAUUCAAUCUUCGGGACUCUCCAUGCCAAAGCCACUAAACUCAUCGAUCGACUAUAGACUGAUACAUCAGUUCCAACAGAACUCGGCCAUGCAGUAUGGCUUCUACAGACAGGCCGAACAUUCCUUUUUUCCUUACGGCCUCAAGCUGUCGCACGGCUUGACCAAAGCCCCCACAGCUCCAACCAUGGACAAUGCACCUUUCCUCUACCCAACAUCCAGCCCACCUCUCUUCUACCCCUUAGACCCAGCUCAAAAGCAGGUGGACUGUCAAAAGGAAGGGCUUCUCAGCCAAGACAAGCAUAAACAUGAAGGAGAGACCCUGAAGAUGAGUCCACGGGCCGGCAGUGCAGCCACUGGCUCUCCUGGUAGACCGAGCCCGACCAACUUCACUCAGACCAGUCAAGGCUUUGAAGGAAUCUUUGAUCUUUCCAGCAAAACUACCUCUACGUUAGGAAAGUGGGACAGUGUUGGACAAAACCUUACAGCUUUCAAGCCGGUGAGGAAAAGCACAGACUCCCAACCAUCGCUGAGCAGAGGAGACUCUCCGUGCUCUGGGAAUGAAGAUGUUUCUGCCGACUGUGACACGUCAAUGAGCAGUGAUGACGAUGCAUUUGUACCACUUAACCUUUCCAAGAAAUCAGAGAUGGAAAUGGAGACUCCUCCAGAACAACCGCCGGGCAGCGACUUCAUGGGGCAAGACAUGCCGCUCAACCUGUCCGUCAAAGACUUGAGCAAGAAAGACCAUGUUGAAGGGUCUCCAAACCAGAGAAAGUAUUCAUUGACUGAAGACACAAUCAACAUGGCAGAGGUCAAGACGCUAAUGGAAAACUGCGACGAGCAAAAGCAAUCAGCGGCGGUGGCCCUUUGCCAGCUGGCAUCCUACAGCCCCAUCCCGGCCGCCCGGUUCGCAGAGGACAAUUUUGAAACACAGAGUGAGAAACCGGAACAAUCGGCUGUGAGCUCUUCAGGGAACCAGGAGGAAGAAUGCCAUAGCAAAGUGAGGGGUCAGAAAAGGGGGACCCCCAAAGAUGUGGGCAAAACGGCCGCUAAGAAAGCAAAAACCUCAGACUGCAACAGAGUCUUCACCCUGAGGAAGAGGCAGAGGAUGUCUUAGACGCCUGCCCACCUUAAAGACAAGAGCUGCUUGUAAUUGGACUUGGUGCGGUCAAGCACUACCGGUUUAUCUGAAGUUCUCCCGGUCUACAGCUAAUAUUUAGCUGAUGAGCGUUCUCUCCCUGCUCCCCCUCCCCCGCGCAGGAUACGGGUCAGGACUGAAUUCUAUAUUUAUAUUGGUAAUAUUUAUUUUUGUAUAAAGUAUAUGAGGCGCUGCUGCGGGUGAGGGUCACGACUGUACCGACACGCUCUUUUCCAGGUUUUUAUGUAUCGUCGCCAAUCGUUCAGCUUUCAACCUGAAAUGCAGAGAAAAAAAUAAAAUAUGAAAAUAAAAAUGCUGUAUUUC